GAAAGUUCAACAGUUCGCACCCACUCUCCAUUCUCUCGCUGAAAACUGCAAGCACGAACCGAGUACCGGUUAUGGAUACGCGCAUAUUUCAUUGCUCUAAUCUGAAAGCACGCACUAGGCCUAGACAUAUGCGCUGCGGGCAAGUGCUCCCUGUGCUGCCCUGUUCCGAGUCACCAAGCACAAACCAGACACCAAUUGGCCGCCCCCUUUCAGCAAGCUGCCGUCCAGCCGAGCACAAGAUCCAAUGCUUGUCUCCACUGCGUCCAGCAAAAGCUGGCCGUCAUGUAAGGCCGGUAUAAUCGGCCAAGUGCACAAGCUGAAGCAAGGUGACAAGGAAGAAACAAGAGCGCCUCCUGGGCCGCUGUUAGAUGACAACGGCGCCACAAAUACAGGGAUCCCAAUGAAAAUAAACCACUUCGGACAUGCAGCUUCUGGGGGAGGGGGGACCAAGCUUCUGCGCUUCUUGGAAAGAAACCACGCCGCCGCCGCCGUCAGUGACUGCGGCUCACUGCUUCUUGUCUCUUUUGGCUUGUUUCCCCCCUCUUCGCCUCUCGUCUAUUUGGUGCUACUUUCCUUCUUUUUCAUAUUGUGUCGCUCCUCUUGUCCUUCCUCCUGUCUACGCUACCUCGUGGCCGUUCGCUACCUAUUAUUCGCUUGCUCGGUGUCUAGAAUCCAUCCACUUCUAGAGAAUGAGCUAAUUAGGAUAGCCGGCCUUAUUAGUAUUUGGCUUUUAAUUUGUGGAGGGGCCUGGCCAUUCACAUGUCUGGUUCAGUGCGGUGCCUUCAGUCUGCGCUUUCCUCUCUUAGCCUCAGGGCCUGGUUAUUUCACGGUACCGCAAGUACACGCGCCCAUCUUGGCUUCGUGAAUCGCUACACAGAACACCCGAGCUGCUGUUUCACCUGCACUGUCUGCCCAGGUGCCCAUCUCCCCAGCUCCUCUUCUCAGACCAGCACCCUGACUACCAGGUACUUGAGUCGCCUCCACCUACCAGAGCUUAGGCGGCAGGCCGAGAGGCUCCCAGAUCCUACCCACUCCCAUCUUCGUGCUCACGCAACUGCCCUGC